CAAGGUCUGCCAUUAACAGCAAGAAGCAGAAAGAAGAAGGGACAAAGAACAGGGACUAUUUUCUUCUGGAUUGAAAAUAAAAAGGAAGCAUUUGACUUUUUUUUCCUUCUGACUCCAAAGGUGGAAAAUAAUAAAAUUUGAAUUGAACGAUAGUGUCAGUCAUGAAAGCAAAUUUGCACAAGAACCAUCACUGCUGCAAGUGCCCAGAGUGCUAUGAGGCGACCAGGAUGGCAGCUCUCCGACGUAUGGAACCACAGAAUUACACUGAAUGGCAGCACGAACCGUAUGGAUAUGGUGGCUUCAGUUCCCAGACACUGCCAUCUUCAACAGGAGCUGCCGGCAGGAAUAAAACCAAGCUCAUCCCAACCUCCCGUGAUAGCGGGCCGAUUAAAAGCCAAAAUAAGAGCGUACCUAAGGUGAAUGGCAACAGUGGGGGAUGGUGGCCGGAGUGUACUUGUUCUACACGUGACUGGUACGAACAGGCAAACCCUCCUCCCAUUAUUGUGAAUGCUGAUUCACUGGAUAGUGGACCUUAUGCUAAUGGAAGUGAUGGAAUGUACAAAUAUGAAGAGAUAAUUCUGGAACGUGGUAAUUCAGGCCUGGGGUUUAGCAUUGCUGGAGGAAUCGACAAUCCUCAUAUUCCAGAUGAUCCAGGGAUUUUUAUUACCAAAAUUAUCCCUGGUGGGGCCGCUGCUAUGGAUGGACGACUUGGGGUCAAUGACUGUGUACUACGAGUCAAUGAUGUGGAUGUUUCUGAAGUUGUUCACAGUAAAGCAGUGGAGGCACUGAAGGAUGCAGGACCUGUUGUUCGACUUCUAGUCCGCAGAAGGCAGCCAGCUACGGAGGCUAUAUUAGAAGUGAAUCUUUUGAAAGGACCCAAAGGCCUAGGUUUCAGUAUUGCGGGAGGGAUUGGAAAUCAGCACAUUCCUGGAGAUAACAGUAUCUAUAUUACCAAAAUCAUUGAAGGUGGAGCAGCCCAAAAAGAUGGUAGACUGCAAACAGGAGAUCGGCUACUUGCUGUCAAUAAUAUCAGCCUGCAGGAGGUACGGCAUGAAGAAGCUGUGGCAGCUCUCAAGAACACUUCAGAUAUGGUCUAUUUGAAAGUUGCUAAACCUGGAGGCAGCCACCUUAAUGAUGUAUACGCACCUCCUGACUAUGCCAGCACAUUUUCAACCCUCACAGAUAAUCAUGUGAACUCUGGUAUGGGUUACAUGGGUGGAGUUGAGAACAAACCCACAUAUCCACUGCCAGCAAUCACUUCAGGCCGUUACUCUCCAGUUCCUCGGCAUGUAAUGGGAGAUGACGACUUUACAAGAGAACCAAGAAAGAUCGUUCUCCACAAAGGAUCAACGGGUUUAGGCUUUAACAUUGUCGGUGGCGAAGAUGGUGAAGGGAUCUUUGUUUCGUUCAUUCUGGCAGGUGGACCAGCAGACCUCAGUGGAGAGCUACGAAGAGGAGAUCGGAUUUUAUCUGUAAAUGGUGUUAACCUUCGGAGCGCUACACAUGAGCAGGCAGCAGCUGCACUGAAAAGAGCUGGUCAGACUGUGACCAUCGUAGCUCAGUACCGACCAGAAGAGUACAGCCGCUUUGAGUCCAAAAUCCAUGACCUUAGGGAACAGAUGAUGAACAGCAGUAUGAGCUCUGGAUCUGGCUCCCUGCGGACUAGUGAAAAACGCUCACUUUAUGUCCGCGCUCUCUUUGACUAUGAUAGAACCAAGGACAGUUGUCUGCCGAGCCAAGGAUUGAGCUUCUUGUAUGGUGAUAUUUUACAUGUCAUUAAUGCCUCUGAUGAUGAAUGGUGGCAAGCACGACUUGUUACACCUCGUGGUGAAAGUGAGCAGAUUGGUGUCAUACCCAGCAAGAAACGAGUUGAAAAAAAAGAGAGAGCAAGAUUAAAAACAGUAAAAUUCCAUGCCCGUCCUGGAGUAAUUGAAAUGAAAGGGUCAUCCAGAGCCAAGCGUAAAAAGAGCUUCCUCUUGUCUCGAAAGCUUGCCUUCUACAAGAGCAAAGAGAAUAUUGUGCAGGAGCACACAGGUGACCAUGACCAAUGUAUGACAUCCAACACCAGUGACAGUGAAAGUAGCUCCAAGGGUCAGGAUGAUACUGUUCUAUCCUAUGAGGCAGUAACACGCCUGGAGAUUCACUAUGCUCGACCAAUAAUAAUUCUGGGACCAAUGAAGGACAGAAUCAAUGAUGAUCUGAUCUCCGAAUUCCCAAAUAAGUUUGGUUCCUGUGUACCUCAUACCACCAGAUCAAGACGUGAAAAUGAAAUUGAUGGGCAAGAUUACCAUUUUGUAACCUCCCGAGAACAGAUGGAGAAAGACAUUCAGGACAAUAAGUUCAUUGAAGCUGGGCAAUAUAAUGACAAUCUUUAUGGGACUAGCAUUCAGUCUGUUAGAGCUGUAGCUGAGAGAGGAAAACACUGCAUCCUUGAUGUGUCUGGGAAUGCGAUUAAGAGGUUACAGCUUGCACUACUUUAUUCCAUUGCCAUUUUCAUCAAACCAAGAUCUGUGCAAUCCCUCAUGGAAAUGAAUAAACGACAAACUGAAGAACAGGCCACCAAAACUUUUGAGAAAGCAUUGAAGCUGGAGCAGGAAUUUGGAGAAUUUUUCACAGCUAUUGUACAGGGAGAUUCAUUAGAGGAGAUAUACAACAAAAUUAAACAGGUCAUUGAAGAACAGUCUGGUCCCUACAUCUGGAUUCCUUCAUCUGAAAAACUCUAGCAUGGCCCAAUGUUUAGAGAGAAGAUGUUGUUGGGGGAAAAGUUUCCCCUUUUAAGAUAUGUUGCAUAUCAAGUUUUAUCUUUCUCAUUAUGUUAUUAUGAAUCGUCGCUGUGGCUGUUUCCAUACUGCAUGGUUUUUAUGGAAUUCCAUCAACGACAUGGAAAUGCACACCUGAGUAUUUUAAAGAACAUCUUCAGGAAAUGGGACCAGGAUUGCAUUGACUUUGUAUGUUUGUAUUACCUGAAGAUCAGCUACGAAAGUUUCAUAUGGACUAAGCGGUGGUUUUAAAGAACCAGUGUUCACAGGGUUAUCAGUACCAUUCCUUAAAAAUGAUCUUUCUGAAAUUUCCUAAUGCAGAUGGGUUUGAAAGGAGAAAAGAAAACCACUCUACUCCUCUGUGAUUACACAUAGCAGUGCUUUUAAAGACACACAAUUCCUCACCUCAGGAGGAGGAGGAAGAGAAUGAAAACUAGAAUUUAAAUCAUUGUGGUACUUUAGAUGAAAAUAUAAAGUGAUAAUUUUCAACAUAUUAAAUUGCACAUUGUUUUACACAUCAAAACAUGGUUGUAUGCAUGGACAUUUUACAUUUUUUUUUUGCUGUUUUUUAAAAAAGUGAUUUGAGUAAAAGCUGACAGACGAUAAAGAAAUUGUAAGUUGUUCUGACUGCUGUUCACACAUGGCUUUGUACGAAUGAAAUGGUAGAAAUGUAUCGUGUCUUUGUCCAAAAUGCCCUUUUGUGGAAUCAACUGGAUUUAAUUUGAAUUUGUAGUGGUCAGGAAACACAUCUACUAUAUCACUACCAAACUAAAAAUAACUUUACAAAGAUAAUCACAGAUCUAAUCUACCUUUUUUGUCAAUACACAAUGUGAGUUCUUAGUUCUUUAAUGUAUUUAUAUACAAUUGUUGCACAAAGUUCUCUGGUGAGGGAACCCAGAUAGAUCUUCUGUUUUGAAGUUCUCCCGAAUAAAAGUAGAACAACCUAAUAGAAAUUUUGUGUAAACAACUGGGCCAGUUGUUUUACCUAAAAAGCAUGAAGGACUGAGAAUAUGGCUUUGUUCAAAGGUAGUCUUAGAGUUUUUGAACUGGUAUCUAAAUUGGGCAGACUGAGUGCAUUCUUUUUAAAGCGCUAUGCCUAUUUUUACUCAGAAGAGUUUUAGUAUUUUACUGGGGGUGGGAUGUAAGCAGGGGACAGACAACAAGGUUAUUAGUGGUGAAGACAUGCAAUUGAUGUUUGAAAUGUGUGCCAGUCCCAUGAAUAAGGUGCAUAUCUUUGGGCAUGGCAAUCAUUUAAAUAGAAAGCAAAUAUGAGAGUUCAGAGAACUCUUCAGCUGCCAUACUUCCUCUUGCAGUAGGGUUAGUUUGUUCAUCUUUGGAGCAUAUGACUGACUCCUAUCUAUCACUUACAUUGGUUUAAAUUUAAUCACAGUAAUCAUUGCUGCAAUCCAUAAGAUAUCACCAUUGCUGUAAACUCAAUUAUUUAUACAUUUCUAGUGUAAUAAUCAAGCUGAAACUUUGAUCAACAAAGUAAUUAAUCAGUAGAUAUCCCCACAAGAUGACUGUGUCACACAUAAGUGCAGUUAUUCCAGGCCUUUUAUGUGGACUACUGUUUUAUGUUCAGCUGUUGUUACCUAUAAUGUAAAAUUUGUUUUCUAAUGGUAAUUAGAACAGUUCACACAGCAACAAAAUGGAUAGGUAAAUAGGAAACAUUGCUGAAUUGACUGAGAGGAAGCCUUGCUGGCUUCCAUUUUAUUUAGUCCAACUUCAUAUAUUGACGGGGUUAGACCAAUGUGUAGUAAAUGAUUCAUAGUUUUGGGCAGAAGGGGAGAUCAAGUGCCUAUGUUGUAACACUGAAGGCCAUUCUGCAUUGGAUUCAUUUCCCCUCUUAACUGCACCACAGGAAUAUCUUUCAAAUGUUCCACUUUUGUGGUUGAGUUUUGUUUCCUUCCAGAUCUGCAGAUAACAGGCUAUAAUAUUUUAUUUUUAAUUAAGCAUUUUUAAUUCUCAGGGUUUUCAGUGAAGUAACUUUGAUAAUUGGCCUAAACCAUGUCCAUUAGAAUGGGGCUUGUGUGCCUGUCUAACUAGGCAGUUAUUGUAUAUAGUAAUAGGAAUGACAUAAAGAUUGGAAUGCUGACUUGCACGCAGUGGAAGGAUACUUACCAAUAUAUUGCAGGUGGACUCCUAUCCAUUUUCCCUAUUUUUUCUGGUGGGGUGAAUAUUUUACUUCCAUCACAAAAUGUCUCAAAGUAAACCAGCAACCAAGCAGUAUCAUCUAAAUAGAGUACAAUUUUCAACUAUUGCCCCCUAGACUUCUACACUAUCAAUUAUAACCAUGCUUUCACAGUUGACAAUGGCACAAUAUCAUUGCGGUUAAUUUUGCCCAAUCAGCAAACCAUAAAGAUCUACAAAGUGAAAUGGUUAAAAAUACUAGAGACCAAUGUGGCAGACCUCAGUGAAGUGAAAUGCAAUUUGUCCAGUGGAAAAAUCCAAAAGGUUUAGUGUUGGAAUGCAAGUUUAGGACCUUUGAUUUGCACUAACUGAAAGUUGAUUCCACCAGUGGAUAGUUAAAAUGAGCUCCAUUGUCAUUUUACAUUUUGUGCCUGGAUUUCCAUUGAUUCUGCUUAGUUAUCCCAAUUCAUUUUUUUUAAAUAAAAGUUUUUUUGGUAUCUGCAUCAAUGAAAUUAGUAGUCAUUUUACUUUUAAAAUAAUUGUGGCCUGUGUUAAUUUAUCUGAGCAACAUGUUUUAAAAUUAUUUUGCCACAUUAAAAUGUAAAAGUUGCAUUUCCCUAGUUGUCUUAAGUGUUAUAAACCCCACAUUAUCAUUUUUCUGUAUAUUACAGGCCAGGCUGUGGAAGUUCCCCUGGUGACUAAUAAUGUGCAAGACAUUUGAUGCUCAAAUUGUCUGUAAUGUAAUAGUUACUAAAUUCAGUGGUAUUUGACACUUCACCUUUACUAUCCAAAACCUCAUUCUGCAGCCAGGUUUGUUAUUGCAAGUACUAAGUCCUAGAAGUUGCAGUGUUUACGGUCUUUAAAAUUACUUUGUACAUUGUUUUAACAAAAACAUUAACCAUUUUAAAAAAAUGGAAUUAGUAUAAUUUCCAAGCUAAAAUGUGCUGUAUACCUGCUGUCCUGUUCAGUUGAUGAAUAUUGUGCAGUUAUAUGUAUUAGAAAUUAGCCUGCACAUAUUAGUCCAGCAAGGCAAUUGAAGAUUGUGGACGGGGAAUACUUACCAAAAGUUAAAAUUAAACUUUAGGGUAAUGAGAGGGCUAACCAUUUUCAAUUUAUUUUACUUGUUCAUUAUCUGCAGUACAUGGUAUCAGAUUGGAAGAAAAAUUCUGGUCUUUAAAAGAGGAUGUCCUUUUUCAGUUAGUAUUUCCAACUCUGCCCAAUCUUAUUACAAAAUGCUGUGGUAUUCAAGAUAAAUUGAGGACAAUGUUUUCUAACUGAAGUUAUGAAGCUGGACAUUUUUAUGUGCAUCACACAGUAAAGUACAAGCUGUAGAGUUUAUUUUAAAGGUUCGAAACAGGAUUCUAAGGGGGUAUUAAGUAGUUUUAACUGGUGUCUAAGCACGAUCGUAAGAAUAUUUUUUUAAAACAAAGAACGUGUUAUCAUUUAUCAAGACAUUCAUUGGGAUUGAUUAUUUGGCAAAUUUCCAAUAAACAAUUGCCGUAGUCCCGUAGUUUUUAGAAAGAUGCUAGUGAUUUCAUCCCUGCUAAAUAGUUCUAGCCAGCUAACAGUUUGUUACAAUUGCUUCAAAGGCUAAAUUCUGCACAGUCAAAACAUUCUCAGAUUUCAAUUAUGAGGGAGAAUUCAGCAUUGAAAUGCUUAUGAAUAUUGAUCUGAUGUCUGCACACUGUCACUAUCAGUAACACUUCUCUAUUGCUAUGCUCCAUAAGCCAUUUAGGUUGGAAUUGGGGGAAAUAUUGUAAAGGGAAUGUUACCAGUAUCACUUCAUGUGGGCAUAAAGUAAACAUGCAAAUUCAUUGACCUAGGCAAGCAUGCCACUGGAAAUAAUAACAGAAAAAAGCAAUGAAUAUUAUGUGCAGACCAGAUUUUCUAAAAAUCAAGAGUAUGGAAGUAAAGUACUAUGUAGACAAACAGCAUCUAUUAGUAACAACUCUUCAUAGUAACUGUGAUAUAUUACUUACCUUUAGUCCUUGCUGUAAUGAAAAUUCACAUGGUUUCCAGGUGGAAUCACAUCAUUAGCUUUACUGGAGUAUGAACAGACAAAUUAAUAGUCAAAUGGAUUAGUGUGCUACACAUGCAUAUAUUUGAAUGAAGUAUUGAAUGACCUGCAGGGGCUUCCCUGCAGAUCAUUCAAUACACACACACGUUCUGAUUGGCAAUCUGAAGCCCAGCUAAAUUAAAUUUUGCCUUUAGUUGUUACGUGUUCAUUUUAUGCCCAGCAAAAUAAAAGCUGCCAAAAAAAGUCUGCAGCAUUGGAUUUUAAUCUUUGUGUCAUAAACGUAUAAACUGUUUAAACAAAGUAGCUGUGGUUGGGAAUCUCCUGUAGUAAAUAGUAAUGAAGCUAUUCUUUCUCCCAGCUCUGCAAUUAUAUGCGAAUGGUUGGAAAGUUUUUAUAAAAAAACUCCAAUUUGGAAUUGGUUCUGUAAUCCAGGAAUUAUGAUGAGAAAUCUGGCUACAGAUGUAGAAGAGUCUUUUUAUAAACCCUUUAAUGCAUAACAUUCCCCGAUUACACUGUGUGGAAUAACUUUAGGGUUCCAGCUAUUGGAAUAGUGGCAAAUUGAAAGGAAUAAUGUUUUAUUCCAGAUUAUUUAAAAAAAUGG